UUCAACGCUCCCAGCAGAGGCAGACAAGCCAAGUCUGCCUGCCACAGGAUUCACUCUAGUCGAAUGGAUCCUGAAUGCGACUUGGGCAAGUUGUGCCGAGAUGAAUGCUAGAUGUUCAUUUCUUGCACGAACACGGGGAAGCUAAUGGUGUAUUGCAAGAUCGCUCAAGACUCGGCGUUGCAAGCACUACGCUGAUGAAAACUCGAAUAAACGCGCUCCGAAAUUAUUUCGUUCCCUUCCGUCUUUUCAGGAGCUCCACUCCCAACAGUUUACUGUAGUCUGCCAGAAUAUCGUUCUCUCGCUCUCCGAUCGUCCAAGACCUCGAGUGCUGUCGUGCAUUUAGAACAGAUUAAUGUUGUCAUGGACUGUCAUCUAUACGGAUAUAUAUCCUGAUUCACAUCGAAGGAUUUUCGCAGCAGGAAAAGUGGGCGUUUUACUAACCACAUAUUGAUGGGUCAUAUUACUGGCCAGCAUAUGGACAGGAAGAUAAUCAGAAUGCUUGCACUGAAGAUGGAUAUAUUUUAACGCUCCGACGUUGCCAGUGUGCUGUUUGCUACAAGAAGUAUCUAUCAUGGCUAACGAGAAACCCUACGAUAACCGCAAUAUUGUGGAAAAGUAUAUCCAUUACAAACUGACAAAAAAGGGAUAUGCGUGGGAAUUCCACACUACCGACGAAAUAGACUCAUCUACCAACGGCCUAAAGGACGCACCUACUUUAGUGACUCGGCGGUGCCAUGCAACAUCGGCUGAGGAAGAUAGCGCUCCACGUAAGGGCAGAGUUUCCACAUAUGACCAACAUGCCGCACUUCAUCGAGUUUUACGCGAAGCUGGUGAUGAACUCGAAAGACUGUACCAGCCUGACUUUGCAGAGAUGUCUAUGCAACUGCAUCUUACAUCCAUCACUGCGCAUCGUAGGUUCACCGCAGUGGUUGACGAGUUAUUUAGGGAUGGGGUCAAUUGGGGGCGAAUAAUAGCGUUUUUCGAGUUUGGGGGAACAGUGUGCGUGGAGUGCGUUAAUAAGGAGAUGACGUCGCAAGUGGACAACAUUGCGGGCUGGAUGACAGAGUACCUCAAUGGACCACUUCAAGCCUGGAUCCAGGAGAAUGGAGGCUGGGAAGCGUUUGUGGAGCUCUACGGCCGGCAAAAGGAGAGUGUGUUUCGCAGCUCAUGGCCGUCCAUAGUGACCAUCUUUGGCCUGGCUGCUGUCGGCGCUAUAGGCCUGACUAUCGGGGCUUACCUGGUUCAAAAAUGAAGGACACCUUUCUUCUUCCUUCUUCCUCUCCUUCCCUCUGUCUUUCCCUCCCUCCCUCCCUCCCUCCCUCCCUUUCACUCUCU